AUGUAUCAGCCACCUGGCUACUCUGAGAUGCACUUAUAUAAAACAUUGGUAUGUAAUGAAACGGAAACCCGAAUAGUCAACGGAUUUGAAUCUCAACUUGGUGAUUUUCCAUAUCAAGUAUCGCUUCAAAUGAAUAAUCAUAUGUUUUGCGGUGGUACUAUCCUCGAUCAUUACCAUAUUCUUACUGCCGCUCAUUGCGUAGCUGAAUUCGGCGAUCGAAUGCUUAGUGUAGUAAUUGGAAGUUACGAUCUUAAAAGUCAACCUGGUAUAAGGCAUCGUGUUUCCGCUGUGAAAAUUCACGAAGGCUACAAAUCUGGAAAUGGCUGGCCCCACGAUAUUGCUUUGUUGAGGCUUGCCAGCCCUAUCAAGUUCAACGAGCUCGUAGCGCCAGCUGUGUUGCCUAAACCUGGUGAACAGUUGAAACCUGGCCAAUCAGGCGUAGUAACUGGAUAUGGACAAUUAAACAAAAAUGGCUACCAGUCAACGAAACUAUACAAAACGCAAGUCUUUGUCGAGAGUAACGCUGAAUGCCAACGUUACUAUCACCAAGAUCGCAUAAAACCUACAAAUCUGUGUACUCGUCAUCCUGCUAGAAUCACUGGUUUUUGUAGGGGAGAUUCCGGCGGUCCCCUCACUGUUAACGGCAAAGUCGUCGGUAUAGUGUCUUUCUCGCUCGACUAUGGUUGCGCCGGUGAACUAAUAACUCCGCAAGUGUAUACGCGUGUGAGCCACUACAUCGACUGGAUUAAUUAUCAUCGUAAUUUUUAA